AUGUUCACUGACACGGGAACAACUAACAAAUGGCUGAAAUCUCUUCCGUUAGUCCAAGAAGUGAGGAAAUGGAAACGUACUGAUGUUAUUGAGAACCUUCAAAAGAGUGUGGAACUUGACGAAGAUGAUAUUGAAAUACUCAAGAAGGAAAAGAUUUCAGGUUCAGAUUUUCUUCUCCUGACUAAAAAAGAUCUCAAAGAAUUUGGGUUGAAAUCCGGACCAGCGACGAGAAUUGCGGAGUUUGUUAAGGCGAUCAAUGGAGAUGAAAAAGCAUCGGAUAACAUAAAGAUAUUGGAAUUUGAAUCGUUGCGGGAGCAACUCAAAAAAUCUACUUAUGAAUUCACUGUUGUAGUUCACCCAAGCCGAAAGAAAGGGUUGGAGUGGACGGCUAAUUUGGAAAAUGUAACCAUCGAUCAGUUCAAAGAAGAGGAUGCUUCGCUUGUUUGUCAACAACACUCUCAAGUUCAGGGCGUACUUGGAAACAAGCUCCAAAGCGUUCAGCGAAACAAUCUCAGUGAUGAAUACGGCCACGGUAACUCCUCUGGACACGGGCCUGUGAAUUAUGCGAUCGACCGGUUCUUCAAGUUAUUGAGAAAGAUUGGGAGAACUGUUGGCGUGACUGAACUUAAGAGAGAAGAUUUCAGACAAGGUGUUGCCCAGAAUAUCGUACAAAUGGAGUCGUCUUUAGUGAACCGGAAGCGUAAAGAUAAUGAGAAGGAAGAGGAGUUAACAGGUGAUAAAGAAAAACCAAUGUUCAAGCUGUUUAAACCGGUGAUCGUUGACUAUAAAGAUGCUGAUAUGAAGAACAAGGUGAAGAAGGUACUUUCUCAUAUUGUAUGGUUGCUGGAAGAGGUUGAGAAGGCGGAAAUGAUUGAGCAGGGAAAUAAAAGUAUACCCGAAAUGAGUGAAUUGUCUAUCGAAAAUCAAGAUACAGUGAUCGAAACAGAAUUCGAAGUCAUCAAUGACCCUAAUCCAUUGAUUCGCAUAGUCCCGAAAGUAAGCAAUCCAGAAAAUAAGCAACUCUCCCCUCUUGAGCUUUCAAA